AUGAAAAAUAUUUUGGUCUCGGUAACUUUGGUGUGCUGGGUUUUGUUGCAAUUACUGGUUGUUGCCGUGCCUACUGUUCAAGGCGCUGCACCACCAAUAGUAGCAAAAGGAGUUGAAGGCGAUAAUAGUAAUGAUGUCAAUUUGAGUGAAGUAGUCCAUCAUAGUAAACAUAAUCAAGUCACCGCUACAGUCGCCACAAUUUCGUCCACUCCGGAACCCACCCAUGGCACCAACACUGGUGGCAGUGAUAAUCAAGAAAAUACAAAUACUGAAACGCCAAGUCUCGACUCCAAUAAUCCGGAUCUUAAUAACACUGACAAUGCAGUGGUCAAAACGGUUCCGGGCCGGUCCCUUGAAAUCGAAUCAGUUGGACCAUACAUUGUCUUUGGGAUGAUUGCUCUGCUCGCGUUCCUGUUGCCAAUCUCUGCAUAUUUCUUUAGUGUACGUAUGGCAAAACUUCGUAAAUUACGAGAACAACGAGACGCUGAAGCUGCGGCGGACGUCGCUGCAAAAGAAGUGAAAUUUGAAGAGUUUGCCGAGGAAGCUAAAUUUGCUGAGCGGGAGAAAAAAUAUGCGGAAUUUGCGGAACGGCAGUCAAAAUAUUCAGAAUUUGCAGAGUAUAAUCAGGAUGCGAUGAUGUUGCCUUAA